CUAUCAAACGAUACAAGAACGUCGAAACGAAACAUUCAACAUGCGUCUUCUGCUCAUCCUCUCAGUUGUCCUGGCCGUGAUCCUUGGCUGCCACGCCUACGGCGCCACCUGGGGGCGUCGCAAUAACAACGACUACCUGCUGUCCCGCACCACGGAAGUCCGCAAUCCGAUCAAGAACAACUACUGGAACGUGAACGUGAACUAUCCCGCCGGAUUCUACAACAUCUCCGCCGUGAUCGUCUACGACAACUUUAAGAACAACUCCGGCGCAUCUCCUAGCCUCUAUUCCGGCGGUCCGGGCUAUCGCUUCGCCACCGUGAAUCUUCGUGGUCAGGUGAACCGCGGAAUCAACUCCACCGUCGAGAUCUGGGGUCGUUAAGUGAUCAAACGAAUCUGUUAUAACCGACUGAAAGUCGCUGGGAUAUCAACUGAAACAUGUUUCUUACGCAACUCAAAGCUAAAUCCUCAAUCUUAACAAAUAAAAGAAUACAGUAAAAUACAUACAUAUAUAUGGCAGUAUUAAACAAGGCGCUUUUUUCAUUAAUUGCAAAAACCUUAAACCAACAGCUUUUAAUACCAAUAAGACUGUGUUUCUGAAGUAAACAAAAUAAUUUCCGGCUUACCCACGUGUAUCUAAUCAGUUAAAAAAGCAAGUUCACUUUUUUAUUAACAAAUGGCUUAUAAGUAAAUAUAAAAGGCGGAAUUGAUAUGUAAAAAAAAGGCAAUUAUCAAGAUAAAGUAGACAUGAUAGUAAAUAUUUAAUAACAAAAAAGUUUGCCCUUAACAGUUCAGUGCACAAAGUGAAAAUCGCCAAGAGUCUAUCAUAUUCAAACAUAAAUCGGUGGUUAUCUUUAUCAGUGUGUGCUGUCAAUGGGAAUAGCAUAUUGAUGUAUCUAUAUCUGCCGGACUUUGCAUAAUCGCAUAUUAGCCUUGGGCCAAUCCCCAAAAACUCCGUGCAAGUUUAGAAUUUUCCCUUGGAUUCUGCCCGGCACAAAGGAUGAAAGUGGAGCGCCCGAGGAAACUUUUCCUUUUUGCCCGCCAGAGGCAUAGUCAUCUAGCAAAGGAAAACAUUCAAUAUUUAAUAAACAUCAGUGAGUGUGUGUAGGUGUGUGUGUUGGCAAGAGUAAAUCGAAAUUAAGGCUGGGUAUAGGACUACUGGCCACAAAUCCUGUGAGGCCCAGACAGACUGUUAAAAGGGCUAGAGGGCUUAGCCAGCACAAAAAGAAAAAAAAAAAAGAUGCCAAAGAAAAAGAGGGAAACUGGAGCCCAGCGAAGGGGCGACAGACUUAUUGGCCUUGGCUCAUUUGAUUCCCGGGGAUGGUGUAAAAUUUGUAUUUCGAAUUGCCAAAAGCAGCCCCAAAAAAAAAACCGAAGGGGGGUCGAUAUGUUAAGCUGCACGGUCAAAAGGAUGUGCCGCAGUCCCUUUUCUCUUUUCUCCGCUUUCCUAUUUCCGUAGUUUAUGUAUCGAAUUUAAAUUUCAAUUUUAAACGUCUUGAGGCUACAGAUUCGGAUAGCUACCUCCCAUCCGCCAUUCGAGGUGGCGGUAAACAUUUGCACAGGGUGCACAAAUGUUUGAAAAGUUGUCAACGAAAAUGUUUCACUUAGUUAAUAUGCAAAGCGCGGCCGUUCGGCUGCGAUGCAAAGCCCCGGAUCCGGAUAUGUUUACGGAUACGGCCACGGCUUCGACUACGGCUACGGAUACAGCUGGCGGUUGUGAUUCAUCCCCCCCCCCCCCCCGCCAAAGGGAAAGUCGUUCGAUAAAAAAUUGCCCCCCAAAAAGUCACGUAACUGCAGCAGCAGAGAGAGAAAAGCAGCAGCAGGAGAUGGUGCAUCCGAAUUCGAUUUGUCCUGCUGCUCUGUGUGCUGUGUGCUAACUUUAAGAACUGCCAAAUGCGACUGCCGAAUUUCGCUUCCGGGCGCAUUCACUUGACAUUCCUCAUACGCCGCGUGGCCGUCACAACGAAAUGCCCAACGUAAGCCGCUUGCCGGCUAAGCUGACCACUACAUCGGUGUCCCCGGGUAACCAGCCUGCCACACACACACACACACACACACACUCCCCCACUUCGGCACUCAUCCAGACGCCAGGACCUUGUGUCCUGCCAGCUCCACUUACCCCUCUUCCCCCUUUCCCAUCUAGCCAUCAGCGGCAACAGCUUGCCGAGCAAUUACUUCGGACUGCCCGGAAAUGUCGACCGAAAACCAGCAGCGACAGCAAUGGCAGCUGCUUGGAACAGCUCCUGCCGGAACCCCACCGCCUUCGGUCUUCCCCCACGCCCCCACUCGCUUUUGGGGGUGUGGCAUAUGUCUGGCGCUGCAAGGACAAGCGUCGGCAUCUGCUUACACUGGCCGCUGUGGCUGUGGAACAUCGAAAAUACCCGCCUCAAAUGGGAUUUCAAUUAGCAGCAACUGUCUCACACCAGCCGGCGAUUGUGUUGUCCAGUGUUGCGGCUCACCCUGCCACGUGGACAGGACACUGCCGGGGUGCACAGAUAAAAAUGAAGUCCAAAUGGGGUCCUAUCAUUACAACCUCUUUUGCAGGUUAAAGAUAGUAACUUGAAC